AUGGGUUUCUCGAGGCUCAUCACCGCGCUCUCAUUCCUGUCACUCGCUCUCUUCUCACACGCCGCCCCGUCUCUUAAUAGACGCGCAGGCAACACAGUCAAAUUCGAGGUCACCUUGACGUCUGAGGACUACUCACCGAUCGGAGGUACCCUUCGCAAGACUAUCUUGGUCAAUGGCACAUUCCCCGGUCCAGCCUUGAAGGCCAAGGUGGGCGAUGAGGUGGAAUUCUUGGUUCACAAUGAGCUCCCCGAUCCCACAACAAUCCACUUCCACGGCAUCGUGCAGCAAGGCACUCCCUGGGCUGAUGGUGUACCUGGCCUCACUCAGGAAGCCAUUCCAGCUGGCGAAUCCUACUUGUACAAGUGGACAGCCGAUGCCUCCGGAACUUACUUUUACCACUCUCACUUCCGAUCGCAAAUCAUGGAUGGCCUCUACGGUGCCAUUAUCAUCGACGCAGCUGAUGACGCCGAGAAGCCAUUCGGUCUGAUCAGCAAUGACAGUGCCGCAGUUCAGCAAAUGGCUGCCGCCGAUUUGAGCCUGCAGCCUAUCUUUAUAUCCGAUUAUAACAGCCUGACCUCCAAGCAGUUCCACGACGCCGAGGUCAACGGCAACGUUGAUGUUGCCUGUGCUGAUGCCAUCAUUCUGAACGGCAAAGGCUCGCAAUACUGCUUGACCCGUGAUGAACUCACUGCUUAUACCAAUCCCAAGGUUGCUGCUCUGUUGGCUUCGGUUAACCCACCUCAAAUCACCGACAAGGGUUGCUUGCCUCCUAAUCUCGUUGCUACACAGGGUAAUUUCACAUUCAACAUUGCUGCCCUUCCCAGCACCCUCUACUCAACCUGCAAUCCCUCUGAUGGCGAGGCCGAAGUUAUUACUGUCGACCCCGCCAAGGGCUGGGCCGCAUUGAGCUUUAUCAACCCCGGUGGCUUCGAGCUCCUCAAAUUCACCAUUGAUGGCCACAAGUUCUGGGUCUACGCAGUCGACGGCGCAUACGUUGUUCCUCAGCUAGUUGACCAGGUUGUUGUCAACAACGGCGACCGAUACUCAAUUCUCGUGCAGCUGAACCAAGCCCCUGCUGAUUACGCUAUCCGUGUUGCAAACAACGGUCUCAACCAAGUUAUCAGCGGCUUCGGCGUCUUGAGCUACAAGGGCUCCAACGGACCAGCUACCUCGGAUCCUAAUGCAUUGGCUGGCAUGAACUUUGCCGGUACCAACUUGACCACGCUCGUUCCCUUCAACGACAACAAGGCUGCUCCUUAUCCAGCGGCUCCCCCCGCCCCUAGCGCUGAUGUUACCUACACCAUGAACAUCAAGAAGCUCGGCCGCCCAUCUGGUGCCUACGAAUGGACUCUCAGCGGUGUCUCUGGUUUCAAUACCAGCCUCGAAGAUCAACAUCCUCUUAUCGAUCUUGACCCCAGUGAGAUCGCCACCAGCGACUUGAUCUACAAGACCACCACUGGCCAAUGGGUUGAUCUGAUCAUCAAGACCCAGGGACCUCUUGCCCAGCCUCACCCGAUGCACAAGCACUCCAAUAAGGCCUACGUCAUCGGAAAGGGUUCAGGAAACUGGACCUGGUCAACCGUCACCGAAGCUGCCGCUGCUAUGCCCGCGGGCACGUUCAACUUUGUUAACCCUCCCCUCCGCGAUGGAUACACUACCCUCCCCAGCGAGCAAAACAACACCUGGAUGGUGCUUCGCUACGAAGUCGUCAACCCAGGCCCAUUCUUGUUUCAUUGCCACGUGCAGACCCACGUUGCCGGCGGUAUGGCUGUUGCCUUCCUGGACGGGGUUGACGACUGGCCAGAGGUGCCAGCCGCCUAUGCCAACGGAGGCAACGGUCUCGAGACCACCAAGCUCAGGAAGAAGGGCAAAACCCAUCCUAUCGCAUAA